UGCUACCAGAGUGUGCCAGUGACGAGCAGAUUGCUGCGUGCGCCCCGACACAUGUCCUGAGCACGGCCGACGCCGAGCGGCUGAUCAACAAGCAUCUCCACGGCGGCAGCAACCGAUCACGCGGUGAGCCGACUCGCGUGAAGGACUUUGGCACAAGAGCGCGGCUUUAUGUCGGCAGCCCUGACCUCACGGCGAGCCUGUGGGGCGAAGCGUCUAACUUGUUUGGCCGCACAUCGCCCGACGCACUUGGAAACAUGGGAGAUAUGUUGGUCCUCGGUACGCUCUGUGUUCUCGGUGAUGAUCACUUUCUGACCGAUUUCGCAGUAUCUGCUGCAAAUGCAACGCGGGACGUCCUUUACGACCUUGCGGGCGGGUUUCGGAUGGAUGAGAACCACCCUUUGUUUUCCGAGUUUCAGAGAAGAGAAGAUAUGCGCCAGUAUCUCCGAACCAACGUGUGGCUGCGAGAGCUUGAUUACCAGCCGGCCGGCUGA